AUGGAGAACCUCAUCAGCCAGAUCGACUCUACUCUUCUUGAUAUUCUUCACGAAGAGCGCGUGCGUGAUGUCCAUCAUUCUUCUCAAAAUUUUGUGUAUGAAGUUAUAGAGAAAUUUGUGUUGGGUAAAGGUAAGCGUCUACGUCCUUUAAGUAUACUUGCAUUUUACAAAGCCGCUGGUGGUCGUAUGGAACAAGACAACAAAUACCCCAAACAUAUUUUGCGUAUAGCAGCGUGUAUGGAAUUGGUCCAUGACGCGACACUAGCCUUCGAUGAUUUUAUGGACGAAGACGAGUAUCGCCGCAACUCGAAAACAAUAGUCAAAACGUUUUUUGACGACUUUAAAACCUCGAACAAAACCUCACAAACUGCAACAUUUCUUUUUGAAACGGAUUGUGCAAAUUAUGCGACUUCACUUGCUAUUUUGGCAGGUAACAUUUUGUACUCCAUUGCACUUAGGGUUUGCCAAGAAGUCUCAUCAGACGUGUUAGUCAAAGUUAUGGACCUCUUCAUCGGGCUCAACUAUGGACAAAUCAUCGACUUGAAUAACAUUACUACACUUGAAGAUUACAAUUUGAACAUUCUCUUCAAAACCGCAAUCUUUUUCAAAACAAUUGCAUCAAUCGGACUCACACUUGCGGGAAGAGGAAAUGAAUCAAUCGAACUUGGAAACGUGUGGGGAGAACAUUUCGGUUUGGCCUUUCAGAUGCGCGAUGACUUGUUGGACAUCGAUGCUCAUGACAAACAGCGCAGUGUUGGGAGUGAUUUACGAGAGGGGAGAAAAACAAUCAUUGUGUGGACGGCGCUUGAAGAUGGUAUACUAGAAAGUAGUGACAAAACCUUUGUCAAAGAGAUGAUAAAACUUCAGAGCAAAGCUUUGAACGACGAAGUCAAAUUUGCUCGUUUAAUAAAUAUAUUACAAGGAACGCCUGCAAUGAAAGUGAAAGAACGCAUAUUAGAACAUCACAAACUAGCGACAGAAGCGCUUCAGAAACUCGACUUGGAGCAAGAGAUGUAUGAGUUCAUUCAGAAGAUGACAGACUUGGUGUUAAACUGA